ACUUCGCCACCACCGCCCAUCUUAUAUCUAUCUGAUGAUUUGGUUUUAGCAGCACUACAAAUGGAGGCAUUCUGCCGGUCAUGCUGGCCAACAGCUUUGUUUUUUUAUCUCAGUAUGGUAUAUCAUCGGAAUAUUUAAUGUUGGCCACUCCGGGACCUUAGGUGGCGAUAUUUCUUUAAGAUGAACCAAUAUUAGUGGUUAGUUUUGUUCACAUCUCGGAGUGAGAGGUGUAACACUUUGUUUUGACCAUCGUAUCUCAAACGUAGACUUUUUAUCGCAGAGUGUAUUCCCUGCGUGAGAAUCAUUGCAUGUGUGCAGGCAUGACGCGAAUGGCUGUAUUCUUUGUGUCUGACUGAGCCUUGUUGCGAACUAUCCAAACAAAAGGCUGAUCUUAUCUUUUAAAGCCUUCCUCCUUUCUCUCUCUCAGCUGUCAGCCCCAGGUAUAACAUCAGCCCAGCUAAAUGUCAUACUUUGACACUUCACAUCUGACCCAAUGAACUUAAAGGAAGGACUACACCAGUUCAUACAAGAAUGAAAGGUAACCUAACCGGUAACCUAACCGGUACUAUUCAAAUGGGACCGACACAAGACGCCCCGCUGACCUCCACGCCAGUCCACAACUCCUCCAAAGACUUCCUGUCCAACAUAUCCGAAACAAAACCACUGGAGCUAGAAAGCAGCAAAUUCACCAAUCAGCUGGAGACGUCAGAGGGAGAUUCAACAUGCUGCCAAUCAAAAUCUAAAAGAAAACAUGGGCUGACUCACGCUUCCCUGCCAAGAAAACUUGGAAAUAGGGUGGGAAAAGACCAAAUGCAGACCCGCAGUAAAACCAAAAGUACUCCAGCCAAGCGCAGGCGAGGCCGGACGCGGAGUGUGGAGACGGAGAAUUCAAAGAAGAAGACCACAUCUCAUUCAGCGACGCACUCCAGACUAAGUUUUGAGUUGGAGAACCCUGAUGCUGCAGAGCAAGAAGAGUCUGUACUGUCUUCAGAUCUGUCAAUAGAGCUGAGUCACCAUGAGGAACCGCUGCCAUCUUUGUCCUGCGAGGAUGAUGAUAUACAAGAGGAUGACGAGGAGCUACCCACUUUUUUGAUGCAGGUGGACAAAAAGCCUCCAGCCAUUACAGGAGGAGCGUUUGUGUGGCACAAAUAUAAGCGUUACCCAUUCUGGCCUGCAUGGGUAAAAAGUGUGAACCGUAAGCAGAAAAAAGCGAGCAUCAUAUUCAUUGAUGACCCAUUGAUUCACGAAAAGAAAGGGUUUGCUGUGACUCUGAAAACCCUGAAGCCUUUUGGCAGUGAAGAACAUCAUGAGCUGGUGUGUAAAUCCAAAGAAAAGUAUGAUGCUGCAAUUGAGUGGUGCUUGGAGCUUAUAUCAGACUACAGAAUAAAGAUUGCUUGUGGAACAUUCUCUGGCUCCUUCAUCGAGUACUUUGCUCAUGACAUGAGCUAUCCAGUGAGGAGAAAGUACCCGAAGGCAGCCUCAGAGAGACUUACCAUCUCCAGUGAAUCGACGGAUGUAAUUAAGGUGCCAUGUGAGGAUGACAGCUUCAGUGAACAGCAUGGGGAGGUCAGCACAAGUUUAAAAAGGCUGCUGCCAGACCGGAGUCAUGCCGCCCACAACCGUGCUAACGAGAAGCUGGUACAUUUCAUUGUAAAGCAGCGAAUGGUGGAAGGACACCUUCUGUCUGUGAUCAGUGGGAAGCAGCCAUCCAGGUGGCUUCGCUCCUUUCUGAGUGCCAGUCGGAGACGGGUGGUGAACGUAUACUUGGAAGAUGACCAGCAGUUAGACCAGGUCUACGGGUACCUGAAAGAUCUCUACACAACAGCAGGGGCCACCGCCCCUUGUCUACCUGAGAUGGAAUCCAUGCAGCUUGUGUCCUUUGUCCUGGAUGUGCUUCUUCCAGAGGCCAUCAUCUAUGCCAUUGCUGGGUUGGACAACGUUCCAGUAAAAAAGGCAGAAGAAAAGUACAUAAAAGGACGAUGCAUAAGUAAAAGAGAAAAACAGGAAUUUGACCUGAUGAUUGAGCGACACAUGACGAAGAAAUUCCAGUGUCCGAGAGCUUCACCUGCUUUAUUGGAUGACCCCUUCAGUUAGGAUUACUGAUUUAUUGUGAAAUAAAAAUAACUAUUUUUUGUCUUUGGUUUUUUUUCAACAAAAGUAUUGAAUUGAAUAGCGAUCAGCCUACUUUUGGAAUUAAGGAAAUUAUUUCUAUAUACAGUUCAAAAUUCUUUGCAAAGCUAUUAUUAAAUUAUGAGUUUAUCUGUCUGUAAAUGCUUGUUUUUUUAUUUUUUAAUUAUUUUUUAAUGCUAACACACACUAAAGACAUGACUUAUCUGAAGGUGCCUAGUAGGGUUGUAGCGACAUAUCUAUUGUCAACAACCUGUACAUUUUUGAAAAUAAAUAAGUUGUGAUCACAUAA